ACAGGUGAGAUGGUCGCAGAUCAUCUGUUUACCAUCCACGCGCGCUGUGCGUUGUGAAAUGGGUUCAAGUAAAUCAGUUUGUGUGUUUAUUGUAAGGUGUUUAUAAGUGUUUCACAACAAUGACGUGAGGCAUCAUAGUGUUUCGCUGCUGUGUAGAAUAUGGCAAAUAUAUGUGGCGAUGGUCUUGACCAGGAUAUGCAUAUGAACUGUGUUAAAGGAAACCCACACAAUAUAGAAAUCAGUUACAGUGAUAUAGCAGUGAAGCUGCUAAAGGACAAUUUAUUGUUGACUGCGUUAGAAUUGUAUACGGAACUUCUUGAGGCUGGACGGGAAGUUACGAAACUGAAGGAGUUUUUUUCGAACCCAGGAAACUUUGAACAGCAAGCUUACACAAAGCCUGACAUUGUAGAGAUACGCAGGUCAUCGAGUCAGGUAACUCUAGAUUCUCUGGAUAUAGGGCGUUAUUCAGAGGAUGGCGAAAGGGGUGUCGAUGAAAGAGUUGCAGUUCUGGAAUUUGAACUGCGAAAGGCCAAGGAGACAAUCAGUGCACUUAGAGCCAACUUGACGGUUGCUACAGAGUCUGAAGCAAACACGCCUGAGGGUUCUUCAGCUAACAGACAACUGCACAAUGAACCCAUUAAACCUCACGAGCAGAGAGCACUUAAUUUCCUGUUGAAUGAAUAUUUGUUAACAUAUGGGUAUAAAUUGACAUCAAUUACAUUCUCUGACGAGAAUGAAAAUCAGGAUUUUGAAGAUUGGGAUGAUGUAGGAUUGAAUAUACCAAAACCAGCUGAACUGCUUCAGUUGUAUCGUGAGUUUAUGAGGCAGUCGGGCCAAAGGAAAGUGCUGUGCCAGAAUGUUGCCUGCCAAACUGAUGAACUUGACCUCGAGAAGGAAUCAAAACUACAAGACAUGGCAAUGGAAGUUGAACAACUUAAGGAGCAGUUAUCACUUAUGGACCAAGAAAAACAAGAGCUCCAAAGGCUGUGGACAAUGGACUCCAAAUUUGCAGCUGCUAAUGUGGAUGUUUCUAAUGUUACUACACCAGGAUCUGAUCUGGCUGGAAUUCUAACUACCUCAACAUCCCAUAGUGGGACACCAGAGUGUUUUGAGAUCUUGGAUGUAGAAACUAAAGAUGACUGUAGUGCAUUGCAAGAUGAAGAUGAUGAGUUACCUAUCAGCCUUACCGACACUGAUGCUGAAUGGACUCGAGUUGGAAGCACUUGUGGUGCGGAACCUGCAGAAACCUCAAGCAGACUGCAAAAUGAGAUGGCUUCUUCCAGUGCUGAAGCUGAAUCAGAAACUAAAGUCCUUUUAGACACCAGUACUUCAAGGUCAUUACCACCUGCAUUUCGAAAGGAAGUGUUAGUGCGCUGUUUUGUGGAUACAUCAAAACAGCAUGAGAGCCAGCCGUUACUGGCAGAGAUACCAGAGAAAGACAAUUUAAGUGAUUAUUUACUUCCUGUGUUAGGACAGACAUUGCCACGUGUCAUACCAAACAUUAUUCUUAACAAACGUGAGGAAAUAAUACCUCUUAUAGUCAUGACAAUUCAGCUUCAUCCAGAGGCAGACAGUAGAGAUAAGUUGUUAAAUCUGUUGUUCAACCUGAAGAAAAAACCUAAUGAAGAAGAGAGGUUAACAAUUAUUGCAGGCAUGGUGGCAAUAGCACAGUGCUCAGGGCCAGCCCUUGUGGAGACAGAAGUGCUUCCUCAGUGUUGGGAGCAGCUGAGCCACAAACACAUUGAAAGGCGGCUUUUGGUUGUAGAAUCUUGUAGUGCACUGGCACCGUAUGUUUCUAGUUCCAUUCGUAACUCCUUAAUGCUUUCUAUGUUGCAACAAAUGCUGUUGGAGGAUAAAGAAGAAACAGUGAGAGAAAGUGUUGUAAGAAGCUUAGCUCUGAUUAUAUUGCUUAUGGAUGAUAAAGAUAAAUAUUUUCAGUGUGAGGAGCUCUCAAUGACUGCAUUGGAUGAUCCAGCAGCAAGUGUGGUGGCUAGUACAACAAACAUCUUGUUUCCAGUCCUGGCACAGUGGUCACUGGACAUAGGACGACUACAUACACAUCUUCUCACCAGACUUCUCCAGCGGAUUCACAUCCAGGUGAAGAGCCCACCAAAUUCUCCAGGAACAGCAAUGCAAAAGAACGCAGAACAACGCCUUCUGUCCCCUGUAAUUGUUUUAAAGACUCUGGUGCCUUACAUUGUGAUGUCUGUAGUAGCAGUAAAACCAGUCUUAGAGACCUUAGAUACUCAAGCUGCGAGCUCCAUUCGGUCUCGUUCAUUUAGGGCAGGGCAUGCUUUAACCAACCCAACAACAUUUCUAGAUAGCAAGCAUGAAAUACCAAUGGUUUUGGGAGCAUUUGAUGCAUAUGUUGACCAAGAAUGGUAUGAAGAAUGGCCAGAACUAGAAUGGAUCUUUGCACAAAUGAUACCAGAAGUUUUAGAUAUUGUCCAAGGUAUGGAAACCAUGAGGGAUGAUAUUGUCGUUGGCUUUGUGAAGUUAUUUAGAGAUUUAUGCAAUGGAUUUGGCAGUUCUAUUAUAAGACAGAAGGUUAAACCAUGCUUCAUUGAACGUGUACAGAAUAUAGAAGUAUCAUUAACCGAUAUUAGGAAUGGAAAUAUGUAUCCACCAUUAGCAAUUGUACCUGUUUAUAUUGUUGGAGUAUUAGCUCCUUUGAAGGAUGAAGAUCUGGCAAAAGUGCUGCAGCGGUUUGUAUGUGCCCUGCCAACAUGUGGAGCUCCCUUAACAUGUCUGGAAAUGAGUGUGCAUCUGCUAUGCGUGGGUGUCGGUGGAGAUGGGGGUCACUGCCGUGAUGAUGUUCUGGGAGCUCUAUGGGAGGCAGUUGUACACCCUAGAGCUGCAGUAAGACGUGCAGCUGCUGCACUGUUUGCAGUAACUGUGCCAGCCAUUGGCGAGAAGCUGGUGGCUGCACGUGUUGUGCCAGCCCUUGUGACGCUGGGAAAUGACCAAGAUUUGGGAGUCAGGACUGCUACUAUUCCGGCUUGUGGAAAAGUUAUAACCAGUAUAGCAAUUAAGGAGAUCCAUGCCAAGGUAUAUCUCCAGCUUCAGAGUAUAAUGGCAGAUGCAGGAACAAGAGAUAAUCACAGUUCACUGAUACAGCUUGUAAAAACAAUGGGCUCCAUUGUUACUGCAUGUGAACCAGCAUUUCGAGAUGAUGUAAUUUUGCCACAGUUAGCUGGAACCGCAGCUUUUGCUUCGCAACUGUCAAACGCAACUCGUCGUGUGGACUUGGCUAAGGCCCUAAUUGAAGCUUUUUCAUCUGCAGUGUCUUGCCCAUUGUCUAAACAGGCUAUAAGUACAGCUUUAUUACCGGGAUUGAGGUACUUGGAACCUAUCACUAAUACAGCCCUGUAUACGCAUCAUGAAACAGUUAUGGCAAUGAUACGAGGUGCAGAAUCACGUCUGGAUUCUCAAAGGCCCAUUGACAGGUCCAGUACCUUAAGCUUGGCAGUAGCAACUGCAAACAUGGGCCAAGGCAUGGAGGAUAUGAAAAAUCGUGUGUCAAAAAUAUUUCAGAAUAAACCUGCAACCAACCGAGCAGCUAAUAUAUCCAACUUGCAAGGCAUUUUUCGUAAAAAGUGAAAGCUGUCAAGUGAAAAAUCUAUAAUGUGCCUUCAAUACUCUCAUAUAUUGCCAGAAAUGUAGAAGAGCAAUUUAAAUUUGCUCUUUAACAUAAUGUAGUAACUGAUUCUGUUUUGCAUAUCACUAACUUCCUUAGAUUUAACUCUCAUUAUAGCUCUCAAGAACAACCAAAUCCUGAGCUAUAAUGCAUCAUGAUGUAAAUUAUUUGUUGUGUGUCUUGGAGUGCAUUUGGAAAUAUUUUUGAUUCUUCUAUGAAAGAAGAAAGCACCUAAAACUAAGACUGAAAGUAGAAUGUGUUGAGGUCAUACCACAGUUGAAAGAUAUUUUGACAAGUAAAUUGUGCAGUAAGUAUGGACAUGAAAAAGGUGAACUGUCACAUUAUAGUACAUCCAGUAAUAUCAAAGUGAACUUCUCUGCAUCUGUAACACUUAUUUUUAAGUGUUUGGUUUUCAGAGUUAGUUAAGUGUGUGAGAUCACUGAGAAAUUGUCUGAUCUUUGGAUUGCUGUCAUAUUAUAUCAUUGGUUGAGGAACAACCGUUUUGCUGCUCUGUUCUAUUUCAAUCAACUGAUAUUUUGUACAUAAUGUUGACACACACAAACUGUGUAAACAAGUGGAAUAUGAUUCUGGAAAGAGUUUUAAUAAUAUAUACCCCUGCUGUGUGCAGACAAAUUUUUUGAUAGAAUCAGCAAACUAACUUCAACAUACUUAUAUUUUAUUAAAAAUUCAUUUGUUGAACAGGUUUUGUGUAAAAGACAUGACACUUGACACAAAAUAAAUGUUAAAGUAUUGUUAUUCCAUCCAUUAUCAAAUAAAUCACAUAAUAUAUCUGCCACAUCAAUGCUUAAAGUGUUAGUGGCACUGUAUUUUAUAAGAUUUAUACAGUAUUGUUACAUUCAUAAACAUUCACAGAAGUAGAAAAAUUAUAAAUAAAUAUGUGAGUGCUUUGUUUUUAAUUCCCUUAUUGUUGUUUGUGAUGUAGAAUUAAUUAACAGAAUGAGAUAUUUGUUUCUGUAUCAGUAUUACUUCAGUGCUUUUAUUUUGAGCCAAUUCUUUGAAAUGAGGCACUUCUCAGGUAGUGUGAUAUGGUGUAACACUAGGAAGAAGGUAUGUUCGUUGCAACAGUGGUCACUUUAAACAUGAUUUGUUGUACUGUGUAUGGUACUGUUUUAUUAACAAUAAACACAAGCAUAUAUGACAUUUAAUACCAGUCCCCCACAGAGAAAUGCUAAAUUUAGCAACUGUCUGAACUGAUUAAAGGGAGUGUGCAGGUGUAGUGAAAUUGCAUACCUGUUUCACAAACCUGAAAAGUGAACCAUUUUGCUGCAGAUUAGUGUAUGUAAGGUAAAAACUCUCAUAAGUAACUGGAGUUUCAGUAUAAUACUGGAAAGUGGUGGUGGAAUACAAAUAAGAGAAUAAAUGUAAACCCACAUACACCUGCAUGUCUGCAUUGUCCCAUCCGAUUACAUUGUACCAACACUGUAGCUCAGCUGGGUUAUAGCAGGUGGAGUGGAUAAGGGGAGAGAGGAGGGGGAAGGCAGUUGGUGGGAAGGGUGGCUGAUGGCUGGGAUGGAGAGGUAAUAAGCAUGCAGGAUAGGAAUGUGCCAAAGGUAAGCUCACUCUGACACAGGCAAGUUGCUUGUGGCAAAUAGUGAAAUGGUUGCAUGCUCUGGGAGAGGGAACUAGAACAGAAAGAAGGGAGGCUUUAGAGGAGUGGGUGUGGGUGUAGUGUGAGUGAAGUGGGGUCAUUGAGACUGGUGUGGAAGUGAAGGUGGAACACGGGCCAGUAGAGAUUGAGACCAGGGAGAUUUGCAAGACCAAAUUAUGUGUUGUAAGGACAAUUCCUUCCCUCGUCAGUGGUAGGAAUCAGUUGGUUGUUAUUUUAUUAUAAUUAUUUUCAUUACUGUACAGUUUAUUUAAUUACUGUUGACAGGUUCGUUUAGUGUGUCAUAUACACUAUUUUUUAAUCCAGGGAAGUUGUUGCUGCGGGCUUGCUCUGGUUAAACAAAUUGUAAAAAUCACAAUGGGCACACAACUUCUUUCUCUGUGCUGGAGCAAGGUAGAUAUUCAUUUAGUUACAGAAGAUGUUUUGUAACCAAUAUUUAUAAAAAGAAAACAAUAAUAAAAAUGA